AUGGCGCGCUUGCUUCGCUCUCCCGUCCUGCUGGCCUUCUUCCUGGCCGCGGCGUCGGUCGUCUCCAACGCCGGCGUCGCGGAAGCGUGGCACUGGCACGGGUGGCGCCACAUCUUCCGCGGCCGCUACGGCCACCGCGCCCACAUCUCCUCCAUCGUCUCGGAAGAUGACUACGCGUCCCUGUUCCUGCACAAGCACGACGCCGCCUGCCCCGCCAAGGGCUUCUACAACUACUCCGCCUUCGUCUCCGCCACGGAGCGGUUCCCGGAGUUCGGCAGCACUGGACGAAACUUUGACACGCGCCGCCGCGAGGUCGCCGCCUUCCUGGCGCAGAUCUCCCACGAGACCACCGGCGGGUGGGCCACCGCGCCCGACGGGCCCUUCGCGUGGGGCCUCUGCUUCAAGGAGGAGCUGACGCCGCCCAGCAACUACUGCGACGCCAACAACACGCAGUGGCCCUGCGUCCCCGGCAAGUCCUACCACGGCCGCGGCCCCAUGCAACUCUCCUGGAACUACAACUACGGGCCGGCGGGUGAGGCGCUGGACUUCGACGGGCUAGGGAAUCCGGAGAUGGUGGCGACCGACCCGGUGCUGGCGUUCAAGGCGGCGCUGUGGUUCUGGAUGACGCCGCAGCCGCCCAAGCCGUCGUGCCACGACGUCAUGGUGGGGCGCUACAGACCCACCAGGGCCGACAAGGCGGCGAACCGGAGGACGGGUUUCGGGCUCACCACCAACAUCAUCAACGGUGGCCUCGAGUGCAACCGCACCGGCAACGCGCAGGCCGACGACCGGGUCGGCUACUACCGCCGCUACGGCGACAUCCUCGGCGUCCGGAACCUCGGGCCGAACUUGGACUGCGCUAACCAGCUGCCAUUCUCGUAA